AUGAGUUUAACGUUAAGACAUUUAAAUGAUGAUACAUCCUGGUUAAUUAUAUAUGAUAAUUUUAAAAUUUUACUUGAUCCAUGGUUAUUUGGUUCUCAAAUAGAUUAUUUUCAUUAUUUUUCAAGACAAGAACAUGCUAUUCAACCAUCUAUUCAAAAUAUAACUCGUGAUCUUAAUAUGGAAAUAGAUGCAAUAAUUAUAUCUCAUGAAUUUACUGAUCAUUGUCAUGAGGAAACUUUACGUUCAUUAUCUUCAACAAUUCCAAUAUAUGCAACUACAAAUGCUGCAAAACGUAUUCGACGAUGGAAUUAUUUUCAAUAUGUUUAUACUAUUCCUAUAUUAAAUAAUCAAUCUCAAUUGAAUAUAUCUGAUCGAAUUCGUGUUGGAUAUAUAGAAGAAAAAGGAUUUCUAUCAUUACCAUCACUACAUGGCGCAACAUGUAUUUCAUUUCUUAUAGAUAAUCAACAAUGGCAUAGUUUAUUAUAUAUUCCACAUGGAUGUGAACAAACAUCAAUUUGUGAAUGGUUUAAUAAACAAUCUAAUGUUAAUAUAUGUAUUCUUCUACAAGGAUUUGAUCGAGUUUUUAAUCCAAUAUGGCUUGGUGGUUUACUUAAUUAUGGAUGUAAUCAAGCAGCUAAACUUGCAAUAGGUCUUAAAGUAAAACAUUGGAUAGGUACACAUGAUGAAAAUAAAAUAGCAAGUGGAUUAGUUUCUUUAUUUCUUAAACGACAUAAUUAUACUAUUGACGAUGCUAAAUUAGAAUUAGAGAAAUAUAAAGAUGAAAAUAUAAUUCCAAAUCUUCAUCAUAUACAAAAUGGAAAUUCAAUUACGAUAGAUUUAACAGAAUAA